AAACGUUGCCUAUUUCCUUCGCUCCAUAGAUGCUGCUGCGCCCGCUGAGUUUCUCCAGCAUUUUUGUCUACCUAUUAUUCUGAACCCGCCUCCUGGAUCACAUUGAAGAAAUCGAAAGCAAGAAUAAUUAAGGAAGUGAUCGGCUCUCCUGGCGACAAUGGCGUCAACAGACCAUCUCCUAAACCUAAACAAGGAUAUCUCCUGCUCGAUUUGCCUGCAGUUUUUCCGGGACCCCGUGUUCCUGGACUGCGGGCACAACUUCUGCCAAGACUGCAUCUCCUCCUUUUGGCAGAACGGGGAGUGUUCGUGUCCCGAGUGUCGAUGUUGUUUCCCGGAUAGAACAUUGAAGCCCAACAGACUACUGGCGAGUAUAGUGGGGAACGUGAGAUCCGUCCAGGAAAGCGCUUGGGAUACAGAGUGGAAAAAGGUCUGGCGUGGAACUGGGACCUCGAGUCGGGAUCAGAUCAGCUCCGGUCGCCGCCACUCCCCCGAAGCGCCAGAUCUCAAGAGAAAGGUCUAUGAGCUCACGCAACAGUUUGAGUGGGAGUUCGCUGAGCUGCACCAGAUCCUUAACAAGGAAGAAUACGAAAUGAAACAAAGACUCAACAAGAGAGGGGAAGAACUACUGGACCGGUUGACAUCCAACAGCAGGCUUGCCAAUGAUAAUGAUCGCACUGUGCUGCAAGUGAUCUGGGAUUUAUUGAAGGUGAUGAUGUUACCUCCAUCUAUAAACAGCAAGGAAACCAGGCAAGAAAACAGAAUCUUCAGUAACAUACUGGCCGGUGAAUUUGGUGGACCUGUUCAGCACAUGGUGUGGAAGCAGAUGAGGAAAUCGGUGAACCCAGUACUCUCGCCAUUGACCCUAGAUCUGAAUUCAGCCCAUCCCAGGCUCAUUAUUUCAAACUUGACCACGGUUUGCCUUGGAUAUGGAGAACAGCCGUUGCCGAAGAGCACAAAACGAUUUGGAAACCGCGUGUGCGUGCUCGGAGCAAGAAGGAUUACAUGCGGGAAACAUUAUUGGGAGGUGGAGGUGGACCAGGGGGCAAAGUGGACGGUGGGGAUCGCGAGAGAGUCGGUAGGCAGACAGGACCUGGCAGACAUGACCGUACACAAUGGCUACUGGGUGAUAAGCCCUCAUAGAAGCAACUGGAUCCAAGCAUUCUUUGAUUUCUUUGCGCAGACAGACAGAAGUUCGACACACAUGGAGCAUCUUGAGCUCCAAGUCAAUCCGACAAAGGUUGGCGUUUAUCUGGACCACGAGGAAGGGCAGGUGUCAUUUUAUAAUGCCAAUACCAUGUCUCAUUUGUACACGCACCGCAGGCCAAUGUCUGGCCCAGUCUUGCCUUUCUUUGGACCUGGGCUCUCAACAAAUAAUUGGAUGAGACUCCCUCAGCCAUGAUAAUAAAACUGAUCUGCCUAAUCGGUUAUGUGAAAUAAUGUUACAAGGAUGAAUCAUGAAAUAAUAUAGUCUGCUCAGAGUUUGAGAGUUAUAGAAACAUAGAAAUUAGGUGCAGGAGUAGGCCAUUCGGCCCUUCGAGCCUGCACCGCCAUUUAAUAUGAUCAUGGCUGAUCAUCCAACUCAGUAUCCCGUACCUGCCUUCUCUCCAUACCCUCUGAUCCCCUUGGCCACAAGGGCCACAUCUAACUCCCUCUUAAAUAUAGCCAAUGAACUGGCCUCAACUACCCUCUGUGGCAGAGAGUUCCAGAGAUUCACCACUCUCUGUGUGAAAAAAACGUUCUCCUCAUCUCGGUUUUAAAGGAUUUCCCCCUUAUCCUUAAGCUGUGACCCCUUGUCCUGGACUUCCCCAACAUCGGGAACAAUCUUCCUGCAUCUAGCCUGUCCAACCCCUUAAGAAUUUUGUAAGUUUCUAUAAGAUCCCCUCUCAAUCUCCUAAAUUCUAGAGAGUAUAAACCAAGUCUAUCCAGUCUUUCUUCAUAAGACAGUCCUGACAUCCCAGGAAUCAGUCUGGUGAACCUUCUCUGCACUCCCUCUAUGGCAAGAAUGUCCUUCCUCAGAUUAUGCCCCUGUCCCAUUUAGGAAACCUGAACGGAAAUCUCUGGAGACUUUGGGCCCACCCAAGGUUUCCGUGUGGUUCCCAUGAUGAAGCCGAAUUUUAGUUAAAAAGAUAAGAAGAUAUUAAAUUGGUUUCUGGGCUAGCUUACAGCUUAUAUUUAGUCUCAAAUUAGGCUUGCCUUAGGUUGCGGGUGUGUGAGAUAAUAAAUCCUAUAACAUUGUCUCCCAAGUGACAGGCAGAGAGGAGAAGCUAGAGAGAUAUCUUUGAAGUAAGAUGCCAUAAACCAAAUGGCCAAUGUUUAUGGGGGAGGAGGCAAUAAAGGAAGAGAGAAAUAGCUAGUCACAUCUUUGUAAACAAAUGGCCUAUGUUUAUGAGGGACCAAGUGACAGAGAGGAAGCAGCGAAAAAGCUAGGGUGGUCUAUUUGGAGAUAAAAUGACCUAAAGCAAAUGGCCAAUGUUUUUAGUAUAUCUUGUACCAUGUAAACAAAAGGCCUUUGAUGUGAUGCAUUCUGUGGAAACCUUUUCUUGUACCUCUGACCAUGACUAAUGUCUGUGGAAUGUGCUAAGGGGACAAAAAAAAACCCUAUUUAAGGCAAUGUAAUUCUGUUGUUCAGCGAAGGUGGCUGAGCACAGUUAAGUGUCUACAUUGGUCACUUAGCUGGAAUUCUCGCUCCCUUCCAUCGGCUGAUGUUAAGUAAAGUUUUGAUCUGGUCUACCAAACAGUUUGUGUGGUGUCUGUUUAUUAAGAAGCGAACCUGGUUUAGUAGUUAAGAAAAGUAGCUUUUUCACUAUCCUACACACAUUAAGGACAUUUUUUUACAUUUAUACCAAGCCAAUGUGGGAGGGAACCUAAGAUCUCUGAGAAAACCCAUGCAGGUCACGGGGAGAAGGUACAAACUCCGUACAGACAGCACCCGUAGUCAGGAUCGAACCCGGGUCCCUGGAUAAGGCAGUAACUCUAGCGCUGCGCCACCGUGCCUACUAGUGUGGGCAACUAUAUCCCAAAACUGAGCUAAGUGUAGAGCAGACACGAGGAAACGCAGAAGCUGGAAUCUUGAGGGAAACACAAAGUGCUGGAUCAACUCAGCUGGUUAGGCAGCAUCCGUGGGGGGAAUGAAUAGGCAACGUUUCUUAAGACCAUAUACAGUUUUAUUUGCCACUUUAAUACAAACUCAAACAUUUUUAUCACAUUGAUAACAUGGAUUUCAGGCUUCCAAUCAGCCAGCCAGCCAACAUUUGUGCCAUUCAGGUCUUUAACCUGUGACAAACAUACACGUCGUUCUCUC